AUGGCGUGUGUUGCGGGUUUAGGGGUUAGGGUUAGGUUUAGAGUUGAACAUGUGAACCCGUUGUGCCCUCCUGCAGACGAGGACCUCAGGCUGUUCAGGGAGGAGGGGGUGUGGAACUACUCCACCAUGCUGCUUCGGGAGGAGCAGGGCGUUCUGAUGCUGGGGGCCAGGGAGGCCAUCUACGCCCUCGACCUCCACAACGUCUCCAGCAAGAAGGCCGCCGUCUACUGGAGAGUGACCAGAGAGAAGCAGAAGGAGUGCGCCUACAAGGGGAAACAAUCCGAGGUGGAAUGCCGGAACUACAUCCAGACCCUGCACCCAGUGAACCAGACCACCAUGUACGUGUGCGGGACCAACGCCUUCAGCCCCGUCUGUGACUACAUGUCCUACUCAGACGGACGACUGGUCCUGCACGGGCAGCAGGAGGAGGGGAAGGGGAAGUGUCCUUUUGAUCCCUUCCAGAGAUACUCCUCCCUCAUGGUCGGAAGUGACCUGUAUUCUGCAACAUUCAUCAACUUCUUGGGCUCUGAGCCCGUGGUCCUUCGCAGCUCCAACACGGCCGUGCGGACCGAGUUCAAAAGCUCUUGGCUCAACGAGCCCACCUUUGUGUACAUGGAUCACAUCCCCGAGAGCGUGGACAGCGCGGACGGCGACGACGACAAGGUGUACCUGUUCUUCAGCGAGAAGGCCAUGGAGUACGACUUCUACAGCAAGCUCACUGUGUCACGGGUGGCGCGCGUCUGCAAGGAGGAUAUGGGCGGCCAGCGGACGUUGCAGAGGAAAUGGACAUCCUUCGUGAAAGCCCGUCUGGACUGCUCUCUGCCCGAGCCCAGCCUGCCUCCUAUUGUCCAAGAUGUCUUCCUGCUCAAAGACCACAACUGGAGGAGGAGCGUCUUCUACGCCGUGUUCACCCCCCAGUCGGGGUCGUCGCGGCUGUCGGCCGUCUGCGCGUUCAGCGUCACCGCCAUCAGGGAGCUCUUCAACGAGGGCAAGUUCAAGACCCCCGUUGCCGUGGAGACGUCCCACGUCAAAUGGGUGAUGCACAGCGGGGAGCUGCCCGUGCCACGACCGGGAGCGUGCAUCAACAACGCGGCCCGCCGGCUGGGCAUGGGGAACUCUCUGGACCUCCCGGACAAGACCCUGCAGUUCAUCCGGGACCGGCCCCUGAUGGACGAGGCGGUGCGCCCGCUGACCGGGCGCCCCCUGCUGGUCACCCGGGGCCCCGCCCUGACCCGCAUCGUGGUGGACAGCGUGCGGGCGCUGGACGGGAAGGAGCACGCCGUCAUGUUCAUCGGCACGGAGAACGGUUUCAUCCAGAAGGCGGUGAACUAUGAAGGGGAGAUGUUUGUGAUAGAGGAGACCCAGGUGUACGAAGACCCUCAGCCAAUCACCACCCUGCGCCUCUCAUCCACCAAGGGCCACGUGUACGCGGGCUCUGCGUCCGGCGUGGUCCAGAUGCCGGUCAGUAACUGCGGGCGCCAGCGGUCGUGCUCGGACUGCGUCCUGGCCCGGGACCCCUACUGCGCCUGGGACCUCCCCAGCGCCCGCUGCGCCUCGGUGGGCAGCGGGCGCUCGGCUGCCGUCCAGAGCCUGGUGGAGGGGGACACCUCCGAGUGUCCUCAGCCAGAGCCCGUGCCGGUCAUCGAGGUGACCCUGGUCCCGGGGAACAACCUCCAGCUCCCCUGCUCUGCCGCCUCCAACCUGGCCCGGGUCCACUGGCUGCUCUCGGGCCGGCCCCUGGCCGCGGGCCCCCGGUACUACCAGUACCCCGGGGGCCUGCUGCUGCUCAACGCCUCGGGGCCCGACGCCGGCCGCUACGUCUGCCGCUCCGUGGAGCGCGCGCGCGGCGGGACCCACAACCGUACGCUGGCGGUCUACCUCCUCGCGCCGGGCCUGGGCCUGGGCCCCGGGGGGGCCGGGAAGGGGCCGGAGGGUGAGGCCCCCGUCGACGAGGCAGUGGCAAAUUCCACGGCGGGACCCGACAUUCCGGGCGCCACGGCGGCCAAGGGGCCCGGCCCGGCGGAGCCCGGGGGUCCGGAGACGCAGACGGAUGGGGGCCGCGUGGCGGGGCUGCGUGUGGCCGUGGGGGUGCUCGCGCUGCUCUGCCUCGCGCUGACCGCCGCGCUGCUCUGGAAGGUGAAGAGGGAGCCGCUGCUGAGGCUCUUGCCUUGGGGGGGGCCCCGGGAGGGCGAGGUCAAGACCCCCGUGACGGAGUACGCCCAGGUUCAGAACCACGCGGCGUCGGAGGGGAAGACGGCGGGGGAGGCACCGGGCAGCCCUUGCCUGGGGAACAAUCACCACUCCGGGGUGGACUUCACGGGGAACGGGCCCCCCCUCUUCACCUCCAUGGCGGACAUUUCAUGUUUGGAGGGACUGGGGUACAUCAACGACGAGUCUGAGAUCUGAGGACUGGAAGGACUCUGCAGAGACAGCCGACAUUUUUAUUCCUUCCACAAUGUGUAGAGAGACUUAAUGUGACAUUUUUCACAAUAUAUAUUUUCUGUACAGCUGCCAUUUUUACUAUUUAUUUGUGCCUGUGAAUUUGUAAAAAUUACUGAAUGAUAGGCCACUGACGCCAGAUAAAAAUAAUAAUACAUUUCA